AUGUCAAAGUAUAUCAACUAUUGUGUCCUAGUUCUGCUGUGGAUUAUUUUCUUCCACUUUUGCCUUGGAAACUAUCUGUCCCAGGAAUGGGGCAGGUGGAGGUUUCCCCGGUGCUGCAGCGGUCAUGUCAGUGGGAGGAUCCGGGGGUUUCUCUCUACUUUUAUCCACUACUCCUACUCUCGCGAUGUUGGAGGUGGCAGUGGCAGCUCUUUUUCCACAGAAGGAGAGGGCAGGAUAACAGCAAUCCGGGUCUGGGAGAUAUAUGGUGCCUACAUCACAGGGAUUCAGCUCCGCUACGAUAAUAGUUGGGCCGACGUGGUCGGUCGCAUCUAUGACACGCCACAAGAGAUGGAACUGUUUGAUGGAGAGGCCAUUGAUCAGAUCUCUGGGAAAUUUGAUAACAACUACAUCUAUCAGGUGAUAUUUGGGACCUCCAGAGGGCGCUCUCUGACUGUCGGCCAGCCCACUCAGGGCUCCUUUAACUUCUACCCGAACCACCCUGAUGCAGAGCUCAGACUGCUGAGCGGACGAUUCAAUGGCAAUGGGAUUAUGUCCCUGGGAGCUCACUGGGGAGUGGUGUUCACUCAUUAAGGCAGCAAUACAG